CAUCAUUUGACACAAGAGGCCGCUGUCUGCGGCAGACAGCGCAGAGCACUGCUGCUAAGCAACGGGCUGUACAUGCGCAGCGCUCGCUUGUCUCCGCGGGUAUAUCGUCGGCGAGUUCGCGCGGCAUUCUGGGUCGUAGUAAGGCGCCAAGUUCGAGUUUCGUGAUCGGUCACCUUGGAGACGGUGGGGAGGCUCGGCGUUUGGGCAAGAUGUCUAAAAAGAAGGGACUGAGCCUUGAAGAAAAGCGAACUCGUAUGAUGGAAAUAUUUUUUGAAACGAAAGAUGUAUUUCAGCUGAAGGAUUUGGAGAAGAUUGCACCAAAGGAGAAAGGAAUCACUUCCAUGUCUGUGAAGGAAGUACUGCAGAGUCUAGUUGAUGAUGGAAUGGUCGACACUGAACGAAUUGGAACUUCUAACUACUUCUGGGCAUUUCCAAGUAAAGCUCAUCAUAUUAGAAAAAAGAAAUUGGAGCAAUUGAAGCAUCAGCUUGCUGAAGGAACCCAAAGGAAGCAGAGUUUACAACAAAGUAUUGAGAAGGCCAAAGUGGGGCGUCAGAAUACAGACAAGCGUGCAAAUAUGUUAAAAGAAUUGGAAGAACUUCGACAACAACGGAAUCAGUUGAAAGCAGAGUUGGAAAAAUACAAAGAAUGUGAUCCAGAAGUAAUUGAAGGAAUUCGGCAGGCAAACAAGGUAGCAAAAGAUGCAGCCAACAGAUGGACUGAUAAUGUGUUUGCCAUAAAAUCCUGGGCAAAUAAAAAAUUUGGAUUUGAACGGAAUAAGAUUGAUAAGGCUUUCGGAAUUCCAGAAGAUUUUGACUAUAUUGACUGACGGCUUCAGUCUGUACAAAUUGAUCCUUCUCAUUUUGAGUUUGUAUCAAACAUGACAUUAAUCAAAAAAUAGUCUGAUUUUUAUCACAAGAAAAUUUAGACUUUAACUGCAGGGCAACCUUUUGAUGCGUUGAGUAUUCUGUAACUGCUAUUUUAAAUGCAAAAUGAUUUCUGCUGUAAACAUUGAAUGUUUCUGCUAUUAUGAAGGGCAAAUUCCUAGCAGAUAUUAACGACUAUGGAGCAUUGGGUCCAGCUAGAUUUAAAAAGCAAUUGAAUAAAAUAAUAUAGGAAUCCAACCUGUAUAUAAGGUCCCUUCUAUAGCUUGCUAAAAUAGUAGUUCUGAUAAAUAAUAUUUUUCCUUAAAUUGGUCAUUCAGUCUCAUUGUGCAGUGGUGAUCUCUGAAGUACUACCUCAAUCUAAGGAAAAUAUUUUAAGCUAUUGUAUUAAAUCUUCCUUCUCUACUUUACUGACAAAGGAAAAUAAAGUGUAAUUUUGAAAGAAUCUAGGAGAAAAUGCGAGUUUUGUGAACCUUAAAGCCUAAUUGCAGCUAAAAUUAUUUUUAAGGCUUUAAAAAUCUGCCCUGUAAUUAAGUUCUUGUUACCUAAAUGUUCCAUGCGCUUUAGUGUUUUAUUUUGUAAAGAAGAGAUAAAAUCUUCUCAAAAAAAUAUAGCUUUUAUGUUGGGGGUUGAAAGCAGAUUAGAUAAUGCAACAAGACUGACUGAUUACGUAUAUUGACAAAGUCAGGAAGAAAUUAAAAUGAGAUGGAGUUGCACAUCUGCAAUGCCAGAAAUUUAUUCAAUGUAUAGGUGAAUUAUAUUGUAAAUUGUAAACUUGUAUUAUUUUAAUAAACAUCACAUACAAUCUUAAAAAAA